UAUUGGGAUUUGCUGUAUUCUAUUAAUAAAAUGCGGAUUUUCCACUGCCGAUCUAAAUACGAUGUACCAAACUUCAACAAUCGAAUCUCGUCAUCGAUCAUGAUUGUGAACUACUUGGCCUCCUUUGUGGGACUGUAUUGUCUUUGGCAUGGAAAUGUUCAUGUGACAGCACAUUCACCGACUUGUACAUGGAAAGGUAACUACUGGUCACUGCUUCCGAACGGAGAGGGUCAAUGUGCACCGUGCUCUGCAUGUCCAGCCGGACAAUAUAUACGUGCUCAUUGUACAAAGAGAACUGACACAAGAUGUGUGCGAUGCCAACACGGUUACUUUUCACUUGGAGGCUUCAAAAAGAAAUGUAGCAAAUGUCGCAAACCAAUUUGUCAGCCAGGCUAUAGAUAUAUAAGAUGUAAACGACACCGCAACGCUGAGUGUGUUCCUUGCAAAAACAACCAUUUCUAUGUGGAAUCGACGGGCCAAUGCAAACGAUGUCAAAAGUGUCCACCUGGGCACUACGUCAGCAGACUGUGUGGAAUACGUAAUGACACUGUGUGUAAACCGUGUCCGGAAGGCACGUAUAUUGAGAGUUCGGGGUUACAUCUAUACUGUUCCGCAUGCAGUUUCUGUAGGUUGGGUGAACAGACAAUUAGCGCAUGUAAAACUGACUAUAACACACGAUGUGGGAGCUGUUCUCCAGGCUACUUCCGGCUUCAAUCUUCUUACGAGUGUGCAAAGUGCUCUGUGUGCUACAGGGAAUACCCCGGCUACACGAUGGAGGUAGAUGAAUGCCGUAAGGAAGAACUUGACAAUGAUACUAUUUGUAUGCCAGUAGCCUAUCCGCCUUACGGAUACUCGAAUGACGAUGAAUAUGAUUAUGAGUUGGCCAUGCCUGGGGGUAUUACCGCUUCUCGGAUGCAUGUUUUCGAUGGUGAAUUAAUAGCAGUUUGUAUAUUGGUCGGUGUAAUUAUCGUGUUACUUAUCGCGAUAAUCGUCUUUGUGGUGGUAUUCCAUAAAAGAAAAUCGAAACGAGAACAAGUGAAUGAAACGAAGAAGUCAUUAAUAAUGACAGUGUUUGAGAAAGUGAGUGUCUGGAUAACUGAAAGUAAUGAUUUGAAAUCUACAAUGUAUAGGGCUAACAGUGAACCCAGUAUUUUUAAACCUGCUCAGGUAAAAUCGAAACGAAAUUCAUAUCCAACAGAUUUUUCAGUAGAUAAAGAUCCGGAGUCGGGACGAGUAACAUCCAUUACGAAUAAGAAUAAUGAACAGGACGAUUUUGACAUGAUGUCAGUCUCGCACGAUGACCUGCCUUCUGCAAAACCGAAGGAAAUGGGCUCGUGUAAGUCUUGUAUGGACAUGACCGACAAUACAGUGGCUACAACAAGAGAAGGGUUUAACUGUGCGUCUACUAUACAACUGGUGUAUUCUAUCGACCACUACGAUAACAAUGAUUCCCAGGAGGUCUCAAUAACUCACAGUGGUACACUUCACCUUCAAAAUACCAACCAUUCCCGAAUGCGUAACAUUACAAUGAUAGAUACCGGUUAUCACUCUGCCACAACAAGCGGGGGCAUCUUACCAGAGAAGGACACGUAUCCUAUUUUUACUGACCAAAAAUCAGAGUCAGAACAUAGAUCUGGAGAUGGUGGAAUUAGUUCAUAUCAAUCCGACGACGCCCUACUACAGAGUGAACUUUCCGCCGAGAAAGACGGAGUAUCUACACUAUUUUCCAUAACGGCUGAUAUAAAUGUUCAAGCUUCCUCAUCGUUGACCACGACUACAUGUAAUUACGCAUCUUUAACCUGUCAACCUUGUUACAAUCCUAUUGAGUUAGAGAGUGAAAGUUGCGGUGCGUCGAUGAUAUAUUUAAGAGAUGCAAACAAUAAAGAAAUAGAACUUAUGAAAUUAACUGCAAACCCGAAAUCUACAUUUCAUGAUAGAGCAGUGCUACAUAGGUCGAACAGAGAUAGCAUAUUAGACGAAAGAGGUCAAAGACGCAAAUGUCACUCCGACCCCUUGGAAUCGGCUUCCAAGGGGAAAUGUACCGUCCAUUCGCCUGCUCAUGCCAUGCGGCAAUCGACUGACCCUACAUUGUAUUAUUCAGAAAGCCAGAUGGAUUCUUAUUUAAGAAGGUGUUCCUGUGCGGACAGGUUAAUAUAGUCAAAUCAAUUUCGCUGAUUCUCGCUACACAAAGAUAUAUUAAAUAUAACUGUAAAUGCACCAGGAAAACAUUGUUCUACUGAUUACAUUCUGCAGAUAUUGAAUGCGACCCACAUGUCCACAUUUCAGUGACUACCUCGGUAGUUAUUAUGUUGAAAAGUUCUCAAUCUAAUUAAAAUCAAGAUGGUCAUUCUCACUACGUUACAUGAACAUCUAACAACAUCCCAUAGGGGGUCACGUUCUGAUGACCUUUGAAAUAUGUGUAUUUCACUUUCAGGGCGAAUUGUCAGUUUUUCGAUGUCAUCGAAACAAAACAUUUCGUCACAACAUGCAUCUGAUACAUGUAGCUUCAUGCUUUCCGGGACGAAAUGACUUAAAACAAAUUGACAGAUUAUGCAAACCAUGCACUCUAGUCAUGCUAAUUCGUACACAUAAAAUUCACUUCCGAGAUUCUGGAAGUAGUCAUUUGAUUGGCUAAUCCGAAAGGUCAUCCCGACGUGACCCCCUAUGGUAUGUUGUUAGAUAUUCAUGUAACGUAGUGAAAAUGACCAUCUAGACUUUAAUUAGAUUGAGAAGUUCUAUAUUUUGAUUUUAUCUAGGUAACAGCAUCUAUUUAUGUUUCAUUGUUGGAUUAUUAUAAUGAGUAAUUUCAGUGUUGGUUAAUGUUGAAUUUCUUUCAUUGUAGAAGUAUGAUGAUGUUGGUUUAGAUUUGAUUUACAUGUUUGGUUAUUACAAGUGACACGCCACCAUAAGAGUGGAUACCAUGCUAAUAAAUGUAUUCUGCAUCAAAUAUGAUCCGCAUUUAUAUAUUUACAUUACACUAUUAAUUAACAUGACUUGACACUUGAAUAGAUCGGCGUUCAAUGAAUCUGAACAAAUAACACGCGUUGACGACAGCGACGUUGAAGUUCGAGUUGUUCUUGUCGAAAAAAGAUUUAAAUUAAUGUGCGUGUAUGUAUAAGAUAAUACAAAUGAGCCCUUAUUAAACUAUAUUCCAAUUGAGGGCAACAUGUACGACCUACUUUAUAUGAUAAUAAUAUGAUGUGCUCGCCACCUUUAUUUCCCCGAAUCCUACAUGUAUCAAUAUUCUUUAUGGCGGUUUUCCUGUUAGUGUUUUUUCCUGUUUUAAUUGUUAAUGAGUUUGGGUCUAAGAUUGUGUUACGGUUUCAUUUAAAAGUGGAGUUGCCUACGGACCGAAUACAGGCGGAAUUGGGAUACUAUAGAGUCUGAUAUGAGAAAUCGAUUUCGUAUCAUUUUAUGCAUUUUACUUUCAUUAAACGCUGAUGAAUAUUCACUGAUAUCUCGCCGUUUUGUGUUGAUAAUUGUAGAGUCGAAUUAUAAUGUAUACUCUAUUAUCAGUAAUUAUCUAUUUGAUACUUAAAAAUGACCAUUUAAUUUAUAUGUCAUAAAACCGCGAUGACAAAGAAUAUUACCGGAAGGAUGUGCUCGAUACGGGCGGAAAAUGAAUAAGUUGAUAUAUGAUCGACCAAUAUCAACAAUUAAAUUUGAUUUGUUUAUAUGUGACUGGUAUUUCAAGCAUAUGGUAGAUUGUUCUAUUUGAUUUUCUCAUCGUAUGCAUCCUGCUUGUCAAGUCAUUUCAUGUAUAUUUAAGAAUCGUUAUACGUGGGCUACUCUGAGAUACAACAUUGUUCAAAGCAUGAUAUGCAGCCAUUGUUUUAACACACAUCUUACGUAAUACAAUGCACAUUAACAUCAACGCUGACACGUAUUACACAAUCCCAGUCAAUAUACCACACCAGUUAGAUUACAUGGAAUUUCCUGUCGUUAUCAGGUGCUUACUUCCUGGUUGUAAUGAUUGAUGUGUGUGUAUACAAUAAAUGUAGAUUCCAAUAUG